AUGGAACCAACAAAAGUCGGGGUAGCACCCCUUCUCGAUCUGUCAAAGUAUCCUCAGGCACAAGCAUUUGUCGCCAGAUGUUGCGAGUUCUUUGAUGAGGUGAAAGAUUUAACGCCCGGCGCCCCCCUCGAGGCACGACUCAAUCGUGACUAUGGCCCCGGCAACCCUUACUACGAAGACUUUUGCAAAUUCAUCAGGGCCGGGUUGGGUGAAGGUUGGGCCGCGACCGCCGAACUCGACGGGCCCAAGUACCGUCGGUCGCGGAUCGUCGCACCGUCGGCGGAGACGCACUUUAUCUCCAUCACCACGGUGUACAUGGACUCACAAGAAGAAUACCGGGGUCAGUACCACGCUCACCCUUACGGGGAGAUCAAUUGCGUGGUGCAGAUUGACGAAAGCGCCGAGCUCAAGGGCAUGCAAGGCUGGCAGGGCGCGGGAUGGACGUGUCCGGGUCCAGGGACUCACCAUUACCCAGAAGUCAGAGGGGGAGCGUUGGUGGCCUUGUUCUUUCUCCCCGCGGGACGCAUCAGUUAUGCCGCGAAGCCCGGGGAUCCACAGCCUCAUUGUUUGUGA